AUGACCGACACUCGCAUAUACAAUGCGUUCCUCAUUCCACGCACAUCUUCAACAAUAUCAUCCUGGGUCAAUUCUGACAAUGCUUUGGACAUAUGCAGGGACGGAUUUUUCGCUGGAGGCACCAAUUUACUUUUCGAAAGCAACCAUGUUGUGAACGGAGAUGACUGCUUGACUGUUGCUAGUGGCGCCAAGAAUAUCACUUGGAGCAUAGAUGGCUACUGCGAGGGGUCACACGGUCUCUCAGUCGGUUCACUUGGCGAGGGCGGUCAAGUGGCAUCCGUAGAGAACAACCGCACUCUGAAUACAGCUCGUUUCAAGGGUUGGACUGGCGGAAACGGUGCUGCUAUCAAGCUCUAUAACAUGAAAAGGUAUCACAUUUAUCGAUGUGAUGCUCCCUAUUUUCGUGACACAAAAGGCGGCUUGCAUCCGAGCUCAUCGUCCGUUAACGAGACUCACAUCGAAAACUUCCUGUUCGAUCACUUUGUUGGCGAGCUCUCUAGUGCAUCCGGAUACGUGGAAGAUUUAUGUAUCACCGACCCUUGCUGGUACUACGUGUCUGGUGCAACAGGCAAGGAAGGCAUCAUUUUUGACUUGUAUCCCGACACCGCGACCAACAUUGUCGUGAAGAACUUUGUUGCGCACACACUUAGUGGUGCCCCUGUUGCCGCAAUGUGCAAUUCAUCCACUGAAUGCGCUGCCUUGGAGUGA